GAGAGAGAGAGAGAGAGAGAGAGAGAGAGAAGGGGUAUAUAAAAUGAAAAAGAUAUUUUAAUAUACUUCCUCAAUACUGAUUUAGACAGACAACACAAUUAUUCUACAAGCACUACCUCAUACAUACUAGAACAAGAAGUAAAGGAGAGAACUCAUGCUGGAAAGUAAAAUAGCUUUCUUUUAUUUACCUUAGCAAUUCCAUCUCUAAAUUAACAUGUACAUUCCAAUGUUCUUAUGAAGGCAAAAAUCAAACAUUGAUAACCAAAGUGAAACCAUUUCCUCAUUUUUAAUUUUUAAGAAUAAUAGUUUUUUAAAGUAGGUGUUUUUUAAAUAUUAAAUAUUAUAUUUAAAUAUUUAAAUAUAAUAUUCUUAUAUUAAUAGUGAGUAAAAGUCACAGAUCACAGAAUUAUAAAACUAUGAAGCAUCAUAGAGUCAUUAGACUAAUACACCAAUUUUUUACAAAUGUAGCAGCUGAGACUCUGGAACAACAACUCAGGUAAGAACCUAGAUCUUCUCACUUUCAGCCUAGGAAUAUGACAUAAAAAUUGUACUCAUAUUCAUAUUCAGUGAAUUGUCUUUGUAUGAUGUGGUAAUACUUAACUUAUCUACACAGUGCUUUAAGGCACUCAUAUGUUAGUUAAUACAUAUUAGUUUUGUUCUAACAUUCUGAGCACAAAGAAGUAACUGAAGAAAUGCAUGCAUCAUAAUAAAGCUAUGGAAAAGAUUUUCCAAGUAUCAAAAAAACCCUAUAUAUAUGUUCAAAGGAAUAAUUUUCAAAGUAUAAUACAACUGCUAUAUUGCAGAGAAGGUUUAAAAAAUUCCCUUUCUCCUUCUAACUCCUUCAUACUAGAGAUCUGUUUCUACAAAGUAGGUACCCACUUGUAGAUUUAAGCAUAAGCAUGUUCAUAGCUCCCUCUCAUGACCAUUCAGUAUUAUACAAGCCUCCUUUUAUUCUCGCUUUGUAUUCAACAGCUCACUGGCUAAGUUUUAAUUGCUUCCAAUGAGGUCAGCAAAGGUAUUUAUCGAAAAGCCCUGAAUAAAAGACUCCACACACAUACACAUACACACACACAAGCACACACGCAUUCACACACAGAGAGAAAAUCCUCCUGCCUGUUGAUUUAUGGAAACAAUUAUGAUUCUUCUGGAGAAUUUUUCAGCUGAGAAAUAGUUUGUAGCUACAAUAGAAAGGCUCAAGUUGCAUAAGGCAGACAACAGACAUGGAAUUCUUAUAUAUCCAGCUGUUAUCAACAAAACAAAAGUCAAGUAGCAAACAGCGUCACAGCCACUGAACUGACUACGAACUGUUUUUAUAAGAAUAUAUCAACAGAGUUAUUAAGGAAGAAUCCUGUAUAGUUAUCAGUAACUAAAAGGAUAAGGCUAACAAUUUGGAAAGAGCAACUACUUUUUCUUAAAUCAAUCUACAAUUCAUAGAUAGGAAGAGGUCAAUGACCUAGGAGUAACAAUCAACUCAAGAUUUAAUUUUCAUUAUGUUAUUCAUGAACACCCGGAGCACUACACUAUAAUGCACAAAUGGAUACUGACAUGGAUCCUGCCAACUUUGCUCUACAGAUCAUGCUUUCACAUUAUCUGUCUAGUGGGUACUAUAUCUUUAGCUUGCAAUGACAUGACUCCAGAGCAAAUGGCUACAAAUGUGAACUGUUCCAGCCCUGAGCGACACACAAGAAGUUAUGAUUACAUGGAAGGAGGGGAUAUAAGAGUGAGAAGACUCUUCUGUCGAACACAGUGGUAUCUGAGGAUUGAUAAAAGAGGCAAAGUAAAAGGGACCCAAGAGAUGAAGAACAAUUACAAUAUCAUGGAAAUCAGAACAGUGGCAGUUGGCAUUGUGGCAAUCAAAGGGGUGGAAAGUGAAUUCUAUCUUGCAAUGAACAAGGAAGGAAAACUCUAUGCGAAGAAAGACUGCAAUGAAGAUUGUAACUUCAAAGAACUAAUUUUAGAAAACCAUUACAACACAUAUGCAUCAGCUAAAUGGACACACAAUGGAGGGGAAAUGUUUGUUGCCUUAAAUCAAAAGGGGAUUCCUGUAAGAGGGAAAAAAACGAAGAAAGAACAAAAAACAGCCCACUUUCUUCCUAUGGCAAUAACUUAAUUGUAUAUGAUAUAUAAAGAAACAAUUCUAGCAGGAAGAUUUCUUUAAGUGGACUGUUGUCUUUCUUUUCCAAAUUUUCUUUCCUUUUAUUUUUUAGUAACCAAGAAAGGCUGGAAAACUACUGAAAAACUGAUCAAGCUGGACUUGCGCAUUUAUGUUUAAGACACUGCAUUAAAGAAAGAUUUGAAAGUAUACACAAAAAUCAGAUUUAGUAACUAAAGGUUGUAAAAAAUUGUAAAACUGGUUGUACAAUCAUGGUGUUAGUAAUAGUAAUUUUUUCUUAAAUUAAUUUACCCUUAAGAGUAUGUUAGAUUUGAUCUGAUGAUUAUUUAAAUAUUCCUAUCUGCUUAAAAAAUGGCUGCUAUAAUAAUAAUAAUAAUGCAGAUUAUGUUAUAUAAGAUGUCACACCUAAAGGCUGUUGGCAGGAUUUGUCAGAUAAUCAAGCCACACUAACUAUGGAAGAUGAGCAGUAUUUUAAAUGCUUUCUAAUGAAAAAUUAUAAUCCACUUAAACUCUAAUCAGAAAAAAAAUUCUCAAAAAAAUCUAUUAUUAAAAGUCAAUAAAAUAAUUUAACAAAAGUAUAGGAUUAGAACAUGCUUAUAUCUAUUAACAAGAACAAAAUUCCUAAUGCUUCUCAAGUGGAAAAGGUAUUGCUAAAAGGAUGUUUCCAAAAAUCUUGUAUAUAAAAUAGCAACAGUGAUUGAGGAUAAUACUGUACUUAAUGUCACUUGCCACAAAAUUAACAUUUUAUAAUUCCUCCAAGUAAAACUGAGAAAUCCUUAAGUUUUUUUUCAAGUAACAUAAUCUAUCUUUGUAUAAUUCAUAUUUGGGAAUAGGGCUUUUAAUAAUGUUCUUCCCACAAAUAAUCAUGCAUUUUUCCUAUGGUUACAGCAUUAAACUCUAUUUUAAGUUGUAUUUGAACUUUACUGUUUUGUUAUUUAAGUUUGUUAUUUAUAUAAAAAAAAAAACCUUAAUAAGCUGUAUCUGUUUCAUAUGCUUUCAAUUUUAAAGGAAUAACAAAACUGUCUGGCUCAACUGCAAGUUUCCCUCCCCCUUUGUGACUGACACCAAGUCUAACACAUAGCACUUGGGCCAGCAAAUCCUGGAAGGCAGACAAAAAUGAGGGCCUGAAGCAAUGCUUACAAUAAAUGUCUGACACGGAACAAUACAAAUAUGUAAAAAAUCUUUUGCCACAUAUUCUUAACAAUUAAUUGGAUCAUAUAAGUAAAAUCAUUACAAAUAAAAGAAUUUAUAGGAUUUUAAAGUUAGAAUAUAUUUGAAUGCAUGAAUAGAAAAGUAUCUUAUUUUAAAACUAUGUAUAUUUAAAUUCAGUAAUUUUCUAAUCUCUAGAAAUCUCUGCUAUUCAAAAGGUGGCAGCACUGAAAGUUGUUUUCCUGUUAGAAGGCAAGAGCACAAUGCCCAAAUAGAAUCUACAGUUAGGAAUAAGGGGCCCUGAAUGUCAUGAAGGCUUGAGGCCAGCCUACAGGUAACAGGAUUAUUACAAAGAUGAAUUUCCACUUCAAAAUUCUUUCAUAGGUAGAUCUUGGUAGCACUUUAUAUGUUCACCAAUGGGAGGUCAACAUUUAUCUAAAUUAAAAGGUAUGCUAACCAUUGUGGUUUUAAUUUCAAAAUAUUUGUCAUUCAAGUCCCUUUACAUAAAUAGUAUUUGGUAAUACAUUUAUAAAUGAGAGUUAUAUGAAAACACUAUGUCAACAGAAACAAUAGAUUCAUUUGAUUUUCCUAUGGUUCACCUACAUGACCAGGCUAUAGGAAACUAGAAAAAAUUGCCCAUCCUCAGAUAUACUACUGGGAGAGAGCAUGAAUAGGAUUCUGAACUAUCACCUGAUUCAAGGACCUUGCUAGCCUAGGUUUUGAGAUCAGGCUUCAGUAACUGGAGUUUUGUGAGCAUACUGAGGGCAGAGGAGGACUUAAUUUUUCAUAUUUGUUUCCUCAGUGCCUAGCAGAUUACCUGUCCAUAAUCAGUUUUCAAUAUGAAUUCAUUCAAUGUUUAUAUACAAAAGAAAAUAUAAAAUAAAACUAAUCUUCAUUUUUUUUUUUAAAUGAAUGAGAGGGUCUUAAUUUCGCCCAGGUUGGCCUUGAACGCAUAGCCUCGCCUCCUCAAGCACCAGGACAACUGGCCAGAGCCACUGCUGCUCCCCUACUAAUCUUCAUUUUUAAAAGGGUAAACAUGACUAUACAGAAAUUUAAAUAGAAAUAGUGUAUAUACAUAUAAAAUACAAGCUACAUUAGGACCAAAUACUCUUUGUCUAUGGAGUUAUACUUUCAUCAAAUUACAUAGCAAUGCUGAAUUAGGCAAAAGCAAUAUUUAGUGGUAAAUCCAUUCUUGGUAGUAUAAGUCACCUAAAAAAGACUUCUAGAAAUGUACUUUAAUUAAUUUUCUCCUAUUUUUAAAUUUAUUAUGCAAAUUUUAGAAAAUAAAAUUUGCUCUAGUUACACAUAGAAUUCUAGAAUCUUAAAACUGUAAGGGGUCUCCACCUCUCUUACUCAUUUGUAGACUAGAAAAUUGAUAUUUUGAUACACCUAAGGUCACGCCGUUGGAUAGAUAUGCAACUGUCACAAGAGUCUGUAUCAGUUAGCAUAUGUUUUCUCCUCUUCGAAUAUCAGUCUUAUUAACUAGUGGUCUUCUGCGUUUUUUGUUUUUUAUUUCUAUUGAGAUAUAGCCUUUACAUUUGCACACAAAUGUGACUAUGUUUUGGCAAUGCACUUCAUACACAAUGACUAAUCUACACUGUGAUGAUUUGAUUCAAGGAGAAAAUAAAUAAUGCAGUUUUCAAUUCUGAUUCCUAUUCACCUUUUAUUUAUAAAUGGAAAGCACUGUGCAAAAUAUACUUAUAAGCAGAGUAAGCCUUUCUAAAAUGUUCUUUGAAAGAGAAAAUACACGAGUUUCUAACAAUUAGAAAAAAUCACAAUAUGAAAUGAUAAUAAAAGUAAACAAAAAGGUACUUUCAAAGCAGUGAACAAAACAUUUUGACAUAGCCAUAAUAUAAAUUAUAAUAUAAAAAUAUAAAAGCUAUAGUAUAAAUUGUCAGCCUUUGUGUUGACUACAAAUUCAAUUUAACGACAGAAGUGAAGGGAUGUUGGAGGUAAAUUCUUAGGAUUUCUAUCUCAUAGAGUUUGCUCUUCUGGUUCUCUAGACUGCCAAAGAACAUAAAGAUGUACUAGGGGAUCUAGCUGUAGUAAAAGCAAUCCUAUAACAACAAAAACUCUAAAACAGUACCUCUCACGAUUUUCUACUGAAAUAUCUCUAAUAGUAGAAGUAUAAAAUAAGAGGUUAGGGUAUAAUACAAAGGGGGCUCAGCACAGACAGAACAUUUCUUUUAAGACUCAUGUGAUUUUUGCAUCUUACUCCAUAAUAUAUUAGUGGUUGCAUUAAUAUGACAAUGUCUGCACUUAAACACCAGUAAGCAAAAUUGAUGCUUCAGAAUGAUUUGCAGUUUUAUUUACACCCCAAUGCUACUGAGACUUACUUGAGCAUGAAUAAGACACAAGAGAUUCUCUGCCUCCCAUAAUCCAACCUUAAACAUAAAAAACACAAAGCUAAAAAAAACCGGAACUCGAAUUCACUAUAUAUAGGAGUUAUAUUAAAAAUACAUAACAGCCAGUACGGGUGAUUAUUGGCCAAUCAGAAUACAUCACUGAUAUAUCAAAAUGGAUGCAGGACACUAUGACUAACGUGUGGCUAUCAUUUCUACGAUCACCCUAAAACAGAGUUGGGAAAAUAUCUAUUAACUAGUCUCUCUGGUUUGGAUUCUCAAUGUGCAUCUUAAUAUGAAAUAGCUCAUUAAAACUUUAUGUCUAACUAUUAGUAUUGUUAUCAGCUACUCUUUAUUCCACUUCUACGCAGUAUUUAUUCAACCAAUCUGCUGCUGUCAAUGAAGGUUACUUUUUCCUUCAGGGCCACAUAUGCUUCCACCUAUCCUUUAAUUUUGAAUGGUUUGUCAAUAAAAUCUACUUUCUCUUGAGUUGAAAAGACUUGACACGAAGCAAGAAAUAAUAAAGCCCUAACCUUUUUCCAGUAACAUCUGAUUUCUCCAUUCUCAAACUAUAUCUCUCAGGGAACCAGAUAUUUACUCUCAUCUGGGAAGAUGUCUCUUAUGUUUUUCUUUUACUUCCUGAUUAUCAUGUGGUUGCAUAUUCCAAAUCCUUAUCACUGAAUUUAUAAGAGCCUAUCCAAAUGUAUUUUCUUUCAUUUAUAUCCUAAUAAUUGAAAUGUGAGAUGAAAAUAACAUUUCACUUAAAGAAGAAAAACCCUUCUCUUGAUGAAUCCUUCCAUGUGUUAGUUAUCUAUUGCUGUGUAACAAAUUAAAGCUUAAUGGCUUCAAACAAA